AGCUGUCUUCAGCACUGUGACCACAUCCCGUUACACUGGGAGGAUAGCCUAGCCCACGAAGAAUAACCAGAGGAAUAGCCCUAUUUUUACACAAUGCUAUCAAGUGGAUGGACAGUAAACAAAACCCUAUUGUUGAUGAACUGAGAAGGAUUGAGAAGAUUUACUCUAGACUGGGGCUGCAUCUUGGAUCUUGGCUCUUUGAGAAAUGCCGGGGCUAACGAGGAACUGUGUUUUUUGGGUUGUGUCUGCCAUCCUUCUGACAGGAUACUUUGACACGGAUGCUUUGCAUGGGGUUGCUAUGGAUAGAGGUUUGGUAGUGAAACACUUGAAAUCUCAAGACCCCUCUGGGAUUUCAAGACAACUGGAGUCAGAUGAAGGUCUGGAGGCGUUGACCCACAAGACAUACAAAGGAAAGGGUGCUAUUUCUAGACGAAAGCGGAAUAUUCUUUUCCCCAGUGGAGUGAAGCUUUGUUCUCAAGAGACUGUAGACCAAGCAAUAGAAAACCAUCUGAAGUACUUUCACCAGCGAGUGUGUCAGGAGACGGUGUGGGAGGCGUUCAAGAUCUUCUGGGACCGUCUACCUGAGAGAGAUGAGUACCAGGCCUGGGUUAAUUUAUGUCAGGAUGGAACUGUCAGCGUGAUGGAGAUUGGCAGCAACUUCAGCCGAUCAGAGGAGCAUGUCUCUCUUGUUAGGGCUAGAGUGGUGAUGACUGCUGCUCCGAAUAGCGAGCCCACAAGCUCAGGGUCCAAAGUGUGCAGUCCAACCGCGGCAACUCCACCAGAAUUGGCCACCACCCAAAAAGACAAUGAAGUCAUUGUUGUACAGACAGACACCUUCCCAACCUUGCGAGGAGAUGUUGACGUCAUUCCUGUCAUUACUGCAGAGCCAGUUGAGGAGGUCACAGAGAUGGUCCCGCCAGAAUCUACUGACUCUGUAACUGAAGAUGCUGACAUCGACGUCACCUCAGAGACCGACGAGACAAUACAGGAAAUAGGAGAGGACGCCACUACCGAAGCUGCCUUUGACGUCAACUCCGAAACAGCAGUUGAAGUCAUUGCUGAGACUAGCGAUGAGGCUGUCCAGGAGGUUAAUAUGGCUGCUGUUGAGGAAACAUCCGAUGCUACCUCAGAUGACACUGUGGAGAUCACACCUGAACCUAUUGUCACUGUCAUCCACGAGCCCAUUAAUGAGGUAAUUGGGAAAAUGUAUGAGGAAGUAAUCUCAAAUACCACACACAAUACAGUGGAGGAGGCAGAAGAGGCCGCUGCAGAGGUCCCACCAGAAGCUGCCAUUGUGAUCCCUAUAGAGGUCCCAUCAGAGGCUGCCGUUGAGAUCCCUGCAGAGGUCCCAUCAGAGGCUGCCGUUGAGAUCCCUGCAGAGGUCCCUUCAGAAGCUGCCAUUGUGAUCCCUAUAGAGGUCCCAUCAGAGGCUGCCGUUGAGAUCACUGCAGAGGUCCCUUCAGAAGCUGCCAUCGAUAUGUCUGUUGGAUCCACAGACAAGGAUAUCCCAGAACCUGAAAUAACAUUUAUUCCAGAAACUUCUUUGGAGGACAUUUCUGAAACCACUUCUGAAGCGCCUUCGGAGGCUGCCACAGAAAUCACUUCAGACACCAUAGAUAAGGAGAUCACAGAGGGUGCUACAAAAAUCACUUCAGACACCAUAGAUAAGGAGAUCACAGAGGGUACUACAGAAAUCACUUCAGACACCAUAGAUAAGGAGAUCACAGAGGGUACUACAGAAAUCACUUCAGACACCAUACACAAGGAGAUCAUAGAGGGUACUACAGAAAUCACUUCAGACACCAUAGACAAGGAGAUCACAGAGGGUACUACAGAAAUCACUUCAGACACCAUAGACAAGGAGAUCACAGAGGGUACUACAGAAAUCACUUCAGACACCAUAGACAAGGAGAUCACAGAGGGUACUACAGAAAUCAUUUCAGACACCAUAGAUAAGGAGAUCACAGAGGGUACUACAGAAAUCACUUCAGACACCAUAGACAAGGAGAUCACAGAGGGUACUACAGAAAUCACUUCAGAUACCAUAGACAAGGAGAUCACAGAGGGUACUACAGAAAUCACUUCAGAUUUCAUAAACAAGGAGAUCACAGAGGGUACUACAGAAAUCACUUCAGACACCAUAUACAAGGAGAUCACAGAGGGGGGGACAGAAAUCACUUCAGACACCAUAGAUGAGGAGAUUAAAGAGGCUGCCAUAGAGGUCACUUCAAAUACCACAGAUGAGGAGAUCACAGAGGCUGCGGUAGAAGAAAACAUCUCUUUGGAGACCAUUUCAGACAUUGCUACCAAAGCAACAUCAGAUGAUACUACAGAUGAGGAUAUUCCAGAGGAUGCAGCAGAAUUAACUCCAGACAUUUCUCCAGAGGACACUUCUGAGACUACAGAUGAGGAAGCUGCAGCAGAGUUGAUUCCAAAAGAUUCUCCAGAGGACACUUCAGAGCCUGAAGCUGCCAUGGAGAUCCCUUCAGAGGGUUCAGAUGGAGACGUUCAUGAGCCCCCUGUGGAGGUAACCUCAGAGGAUUCAGAUGGAGACGUUCAGGAGCUCCCUGUGGAGGUCACCUCAGAGGCUACCGUAAAUGUUGCCCCAGAAGACACUGAAGAGGAGACCCCUGAGAUUUUAGAGGAAGUUAUCUCAGACGCCACAAUGCAUUUGAUUCUCGAGGCUACUGAGGAGGUCACUCCAGAGGCUGUACUAGAGGAUACUUUGGCCACUACUACUAAUGAAGUGGUAAUAGAGAUUGGUCCUGAGGAAGAAGUCACACCAGAAACUUCCGUGAAUGCCGUUCCAGAGGAUGUAACAGGGAUCACUGAAGAAGCAACAAUAAAGGCUGAAGUCACUCCUGAGGCUGAAGUAGAGAUGAAGGAAGUUACAGUGGAGGUCACCUCAGAAGCCACUUUGGAGGUCACUCCUGAGGUUGAAGUAGAGGUAACUCCAGAAUAUGUAGUGGAGGAACCUCCAGAGGCUGAGGAGAUUACAGAAGAAACUGCAGUAGAGGACAAUCCCGAGGUGGAGAUAGAGGUAACUCCAGAGUCUACUGAAGAAGUUCCUGAGGAAGCAGAAGAGGUCCCUUUGGAGACUGCAAUGGAAGAAACUCCAGAGGCUGUAGAAGAAAUCCCCCCAGAGACUGUAGAGAUAACGCUGGAAGCUGCUGAAGAAGACUCAACAGAAACUGUAGAAGAAAUAGUUUCAGUGACUCCAGAAGAGAUAACACCAGAACCUUCAGACGAAGAAAUUCCAGAAACUUCAAAGGAGGAAAUUCCAGAACCAUCAGAGGAGGAAACUCCAGAGGCUUCGGAAGGGGUCCCAUCUGAGGCAGUAGACGAGAUCAUUCCAGAAGCUACAGAAGAGGCUUCCGAAGAGAUCAUUCUAGAGCCUUCAGAAGCUGCAGCAGAGAUAACCACAGAGGCUGCAGGUGAGUCCACUCCAGAGGCGCCACAGGAGGCUGCUGUGGAGAUUACUCAUGAGGUUACCACUGAAACUGGAAUUUUGACGGACACAGAGGAGAACAAUAAUGGCGAUCGUUAUAGGGAUGCAGAGGAGAACAAUAAUGGUGGUCGUUAUAGGGUCACAGAAGAACCAGAAGAAACAAAUGAUGACUUCCUGGGGAUCCAAGAUAUCAUAACAGAGGUGGAAAACACGCUGGGCAAUGAGGUCGAGGACAUCAUGACGAGGCUGUCCACACCCAUGAAGGAGCAGGUGGUAGAACUCAGCAUCCAGCUGAAGGGAGAGAACUACAACGACGCGCUGAGAGACCCCUCUAGCUUCUACUACCAACGCGUGGCCAAACAUUUCACCCAUAAGAUUGAAGAUGCAUUUGAAAGGUUACCAGGAUUCAAGAAGGUCUUUGUAGUUGAAUUCAGGCCUCAGAAGGACCUCCAAAGGGGUAUCUUGUCUGUGGUAGUCCACUACGCAGUGACUCUGGAAGUGGACGGGGCAGGCAUCAGUAACGAGACCAUGGACUACAUCAACCUCCAGUCCAAUGUGGUGGAGAAGUCUUACCGUGACGCCGUUGAACGCCCCACUGUGGUCUACACCAUAACAGACUUCCGAAACUAUAUCACUGAAGCCCUGCACAAGGAGAACUUCAUGAGCAACACAACUCUGGAUGUAGACCCCGACUCACUGCAGCAAGAGCAAGUUGAUAACUUGUUUCUGGGAGGGAGACCCACCACCAAACCAGAAGAGUCCAAUGACAUGAUGGACAAUGUUCUGGCUGCUGAGAAACCACCAGAUGCUCCUGGCCAAGACUUGGAUGUCAGCGACAUCUUCCUGAAGAAGGAUGAUUUCCUGUUUCCUGUGGACCCUUUGAAAGGCUCCGGGAGCGUUGUGGCCAGUGAAAAUGAUGUGUUCGUUCUGGAUGAAACCACCUUGCCACCCAGCACCACUGCUGUCCCUGCAGAGAAUAAUGGAAAUAUUGAAGAAGAGGGAUUUCUUCUCAGUAACACUCAGCAAGACUCUGAUACUCCCAAUGGGGAUGGUGUGGUCGGUGCUGGAGGCUCCUCUACCUCCUCCCCUUCACAACCACAGACCACAGAGGCCCCGGUCCCGGCACCUCCCAGAGUAAACCCAGAUUUGGAUGUUGGCUCUGGCUCCGGCUUCUCUGGGGAUGACCAAGGGGCUGACGUCGUCCCAUGGUUUCCCGUGACAACUGAGGAGACAGACUACAUAGAGGAGGAGGAGGAUUCUGUAGUGUGGGAGGUGCAUUUACCAGAUCCAGAAGUGGAACCGAAGGAGGAAGAGAAGAAGGAGGAGGAGAAGGGGGAAGAGAUCACCGAAUCUGUCCUGACUGAAUCUCCAGAGGAUAUGGGUCCUUUUGAGUCCCAUCCAGAAUCUGCCCCAGUUGAAGAAGAGCCACAAUGGCUUUUCUUGGACAGACUGCCUGUGACCCAAGACAUUAGUACCCGACCUGACUACACGACCACAGCUGAAGCCCCUGUGUUCUGGACCGCAGAGACCCUGACCGUGGAGCUCUCCAUGCAGACGCUGGAGGCCUCUGGGAUUUAUGACAAUUAUUACCCAAGCGAACCAUUCACCAUCAUAGCACCAGUCACUGAUUAUCCCUAUUCUCAGUUUUACACCACUGAGGCCCUGGUGUUGGAAGGGCCAGCAGCUGAGACCCAUGGUCCUGUUGAGGAGCUGUCGGAGCCAACCAGUCCGAUAGAGGUUGAACUCCCCACAAUCACUGAGUCACCUACCUUCAUAGACAUGGAGCUGUUUACAGUCAAGGAGUCCAUCUUCGAUAUGAUCACCUCCGAACCACCAGAGAUCGAAGCCUUCACCAACAGACCUUUACUCUUGGUGCCCGAUCCUGAGGGUGAAGAUGGAGAGGUGGAGAUCUUGGAGGAACAGGGAGCAGAGGUCACAGGGCCCUUGGCCACAGUACUCCCAGCCCUUGACAUCUCAGAGGAGGACCUAGCUGAAGAUCAAAUCUUUGUUGUGGCUGCAGGUACAGCAGCCCCGGAAGUCAUAGAGUCUCAUAGCAUCUUAUCCCCCGAGAAGGAAUCUCCCUUCUCUCGUAUAUCUGACUCUGUACCAGAAGAGGAGGAAGCCACACACCAUCUAGCCACCACAGAAAUAGCACCACAUGGUGACAUUGAAAUCUCUGAGACACCUGAAAUUGCCCCAACAAUCCUUCCUCCAUUCUUCCAGCCCACAUUCAGACCCACAGAAAACCUGCUUGGGGCAGCAGAAGAGUCAGAUGUUAGCAUUGAAGAAGGAGAUGUUAGCAUGUCGCUAGCACCCCCUUCCCCAGCUCACGACAAAUACGAACUAGAAGUCGGCACUUCAAUCCAAGCGGUUGGAGACCCCGCACCAGACUCCCCCAUGUCGGAAAUUGACCUCACCUUCAACGUGUAUGACGGAACGAGUCACAUGGACGGGGACAGCAGCGGGUACUCCAGCAUCGCCCACGGAUCAGACGUGGGCAGCAUCGCCAUGGCGAAGAGCCCUGGCAAGGAUCUGAUGGUGUUCUUCAGCCUGAGGGUGACCAACAUGAUGUUUUCUGAGGAUCUCUUCAACAAGAGUUCCACAGAGUACAAAGCCCUGGAGCAGAGGUUCCUCGAACUGCUCGUCCCUUACCUGCAGUCCAACCUCAGCAACUUCCAGAACCUGGAGAUCCUAAAUUUCCGUAACGGCAGCAUCGUGGUGAACAGCAGGAUGAAGUUUGGGAAGCCCGUCUCUCGGGGGGUCACCAACACUGUCUACCUUAUCCUAGAGGACUUCGCUAACUCAGCCUUCCAAACCAUGAACCUCUCCAUAGACAAAUACUCACUGGAUGUGGAAUCAGGCAACCAGGCAAACCCCUGCAAGUUCCAAGCGUGUAAUGAGUAUUCGAUGUGCACGGUGAACCGCUGGUCCGGGGAGGCGGAGUGUGUGUGUGACGCGGGUUACUUCAGCGUGGAUGGACUGCCGUGCCAGAGUAUCUGUGACCUGCAGGAGGACUUCUGUCUCAACGAUGGGAAGUGUGAUGUCAUCCCCGGCAAGGGAGCCAUCUGCAGAUGUCGUGUUGGAGAGAGUUGGUGGUACCGCGGUGAACACUGUGAGGAGUAUGUGUCAGAACCUCUGGUGGUGGGCAUCGCCAUAGCGUCGGUGGCUGGCUUCCUAUUGGUGGCCUCUGGGGCAAUCUUCUUCCUGGCCAGGACUCUGAGGGACGGUUAUGACAAGGAGGAUUCAGAGGAUCCUCUACGAGAUCGGGACAGUGUGCCAUCCUUAGAGAGAGCCACCAAGUUCAACCCCAUGUAUGAGAGUGAUGUGGCCACGGCAGAGUACUACAGACGGUACGAAGACGACGUGCCGCACCACAGUACGGGCAGCGCAGACCCCUCUGUGGACUUCUGCAGUGACGAGAUACUCCAAAUCUACGACAACUCCGAGCUCACCAGAGAGCAAAUUCAGGACCGCCUAAGGAUAAUUGAGCUGUGUGCCAAAGACCGUCAGUUUGCAGACUUUGUACGGCAGCAUCAAGUAGCGCUGGACAGAAGAGCGAGCUCUGAAACAUAGGAAUGCUGGAGAGCCAGCUGAUCACUGUGAACCUCAAGAAACAUGCCUUUGUCUUUGACUUGAGAAAGAGGAAAGUGUCUUCUGUUGCCAUGGUGCUUCUGAUGGACUCUGCAGGAUGACCAGAUGAAGAGGAUGUAUAUUUAAAGGACAUCUUCUCUAUGAGGCGUGAUGUGUUGUGCUGUUGCAACGUGUCACUGACUCUAUUUCUAUGACCUGAUCUUUUUCUAAAGGGGGAGUGCACUGUAAAUACUUUGAUUUUUGUUGUUUCAUUUUUUUCUUCGGUUAUCACAGCCAUCACCUUAUCCUAUGAGCUAGCCUCCUGCUCAGCUAGCCAUCUAACAUCUAGAUACAGUUACUGUCAAAAAGGUUCGCUGCAUUUGCACCUCUUACUUGCACAAAUCUGUGAACAAACAACAAACAGACUUCAAUUGUUUUGUCCUUAGUUAGUUUGGACGUGUGGGUCCCUUCCUACUCUGUUCUCCCUAAUCAUGGUCUUCUUCAGUGCCUUCACUUGGUUUCAGUUAGCAUUGUGGGGUGUUGUGUCCUGAAAUGUAAAGCGGCUGCUGGCAGGACCCUUGAAGUUCACUGGAUGUCACUGGAAGGCUACUGUCCUGCAUGGAAACUACUGGUUUAAUCUAUUUUGUUUCCACAUAAUUUCAACCCUCAAAUUCAAUGUGAUGAAGUUUAACUGUUUGGAGUAGAAAAGAGAAAUCAACGUAAGAGAAAUUCAGAUUUUGUUCACCUAACUUUGAACCUAAAUCCAAUGACUUGGUGACAUUUUUUGUUGAUUCCACAUUGAAUUCACGUUAGUUGACAACUCAACCAAAUGUAAAUCAAAACUAGAUGUAGAACUGACAUCUGUGCCCAGUGGGUACUGACUGGAUGGCACAGGCUAACGCUAUAUAGCCUCCACUGAAAUGAUCAAAUAUCCUGGUUGCUGUACUUACUUGAACAUGAUUUUUGCAAAAAGUUGUAGAUAAUCAAUUGUGUAGACAUAAAUUCAUUGUGUAUUUAACUGUUGGAAUGAAUAUAGAUUGAUAUACUGGAAUUGUGAUUGUUAGUAAGCCCUUUUGGCCAUAGCCAAUAGCCCAUGAAAACAUGUUUCUCUGAGUUUUCUCAUUUCUCAAAUCUGACAUCUGCUGCUUUGGGUUAGUCCACGUAUCCAUGACGAUCCCAAGCAACCAUGACGAUCCCAAGCCUUUGUAUAUAUCAGGAGUCGACUGUAUUCAUCCACAUGUUUUGAUGAACCAAAUGUCCUGACCCAUUGAAAAAGGGGUUAAAUGUGUACGUUGUCUCUGUUGAUGUGUUUUCUAUGUUUUCUCAUAGUUCAGAGACUAACAAGACAACGGGGUUAUGAUCUGUGUUCUGUAUGUUAGACUUACUGGAUGAAAGCCAACAGGCACUUUUUGUAAUAAAAUGGCAAUAUUUUUUACAAUA